AUGAAGGGUGAUAAAUUAAAUUUGAGUCAGUGUCCAAAGAAUGAUCUUGAAAGAGAAGAAAUGAAGAACAUUUCUUAUGCUUCUGCUGUCGGAAGCUUAAUAUAUGCUCAGGACAGGGUCGGGAAUUGGGCCACAUUAAAAUUACCUUCUGGGGAGGUCCGUUUGAUACCCAAAAACUGCUCAGCAACAGUCGGACAAGUGGGGAAUGUUGGGGUGAACCAGAAAAGUUUGGGUAGAGCCGGAUCUAAACGUUGGCUAGGUAAGCGUCCUGUAGUAAGAGGAGUAGUUAUGAACCCUGUAGACCAUCCCCAUGGGGGUGGUGAACGGAGGGCCCCAAUUGGUAGAAAAAAACCCUCAACCCCUUGGGGUUAUCCUGCACUUGGCAGAAGAAGUAGAAAAAGGAAUAAAUAUAGCGAUAAUUUGAUUCUUCGUCGCCGUAGUAAAUAG